ACAUGACAUCGAAUGACAUCCUCGCGUAAGACAUGAAGUGUUAAAAAACUGAUAAGGGGGAAGUCCCCGAAAUAUUUUGAUACGCAGUGAUAAGAAAUUCGCGAAAAACAUUCAUUUCUGUGGGAUCAAUCUCAUCGAUAAGACGCUACGACGCUCCCCAAGAGGGACACGGAGAAAUUCCUCGAUUUGAUGGCGCAAUCCGAAGGGAAUACACGGAAUGUUGUCAAGCACGUGUCAGUGCUUCCACGGAAAUCCUCAAGUGUCACCUCCAGAGCUCCCUCACCGGCGUUGCUCAGUGCGUAUAAGGAGUUGCUUGGUGUUGUCUUCAAGAUUCCCAAUGGAAGUGUCAAAGCGCGUGUUCUUGCUGCCACUUUGGCUGCUCUGAAUGGGGAAUCCCCGGAUUCGUCGAGCAAGUCAUUGUGUCACUGCUCCGUUGAACGAAUUGAUCGCAGUACGCAGACAACCUUGGACGAGGAAGUGCCAAGAGUAGCCACAGAUUCCGCGCAAAAACCCCCAAUUCUCUCUGUUGGUGGUGUCGUGAAGGGUGGCAGGAAACGGAAGGUACUCACCCCGACAGCCAGUACAGGGAAGGAUCUCGGGGUGAGGUUGACGGAGCGACAGAAGUUGCUGCGACAGCAGAUCAAGGAACGUCCCGCUGUGAGGUCAUCUGAGCGCCUUCCAAGUGAGACUGAUCUCACGGAAACAAUUGUGGAGGGAUUCGAGAGUCUCCCUGAUGAGGAAAUUGCUGCCAUGCUGCGAGAUUUGGAGGCCUCAGUGCAUCCGGAUGUGAAUAAGGUUGUGAAGAAUUGGAUGCUCAAGGACUGGAUUGAAUGUACGGAAUACAAUGAUGAUGGAUAUUUGCCAAUUCACACCGCAGCAUUGGAGUCAAAUGAAACCCUACUAAAGCGCCAAUGUUUAACGCUGAAUUUUCGCAAAUUGGGAGUGGAUUUGGAGACACUCCAGGGUCACAGUGCCCUCCAAAUUGCCCUAAUUAGUCAAUCAGACAGCCGAAUCAUCUCCCUGCUCAUCGAAAAGGGUGCAGAUGCGACAAAAGUUGACCGGAAUGGGAAUAAUUGUGCCCUCUUGGCUGCCAAGCAUGCCCAGAACGUUGAAAUCUUCACAACUAUCCUCCGGAAGACAUCCCUGGCUGAGCUCCAGAGAGAAAAUUUCAGUACUCACGGAAUUUUCCGCAUUGUCGUUGAUUCUGGGAAGCUCAGCUUCCUCCAUGAGCUUCUACGGUACGUCGAUGAAUGCCUGGGCUUGCAAUCAUCCACUCCCGAGCUGAAGGAUGAGAAAAACUUCAUCACAGCAUGCAAGGAUAAAAUAGCAAAAUUCUCCGAGGAAGAUCCCGUAAAAAUGGCUAGGAGUGUUAAAAUUAAUGAUCUGAAGGCACGAAUGAUAAAUCAACGUGAUAGAAUGGCUGGAAAAACUCCCCUCUUCUGUGCCGUGGAGAAGCAGAAAGAAUCCCUCAUGUUGGCUCUCCUGGUGAAUUAUGCUGAUCCCCGCGUGAAGACUUUCAUCGGCGUGGAUGCCUACACAGUGGCCAGUGAGGUAUUGAUGCAAAAGAAAAUCUCCGUUCCCCUUUCCACGAUGAUGAACAUUAUUGAAAAUAUAAAUUUGUGCGAAAGACAAGAAGAGGAUUUGGCAAAAAGAAGGAAGUCUAUUAGAAAAAAUUCAUCAGAAUCCGAAGAGAUUCCCUUGACGGGAAAGAAAAGAAGGAAAGUUGCACGCUGAGCGUCCGGAGAGCCCGAAAAAGGUAAGAAUAAAGUUAUUAAAAAAAAAUUGCGUUGAAAUUA